AUGGAGGACAUUUACUCGGACACUGAGGUGUACCACCCUUUGGCCGUGGUGGGGAAGGGCACUUUUGGGAAAGUUCUGCAGUGCUGGAGGGCCAGUGAUGGAGAGCUGGUGGCCCUGAAGGCCCUGCCCACUGGGGCCCACAUGAGAAGACUAAUCACUAAUGAACUGCGGCUUACGGCGGCCCUGGCCCAGUCAGACGUGGACAACAGUCACAUUAUUCGUUUCAUCGAUUCCUUUCGACACCACACUGAGCACUUCCUGGUGUUGGAGAUGCUGGAGAAGAACCUGCAUGAGCUCCAGAAGGAGAACGACUUCAGCCCUCUGCCCGUCCGCCACAUCCGCACCAUCAGCUGCCAGCUGCUGAGAGCGCUGGACAAACUCAAAGAGAUGGCCAUCAUCCACGCAGAUAUCAAACCCGAAAAUGUCAUGAUCGUGGACCAGCUUCGCUUCCCCUUCAGGGUCAAACUGAUAGAUUUCGGCUCGGCCAGCUUUUUCAAAGACGUGCACUUUGUCAAAGAGCCCUACAUCCAAUCCAGGUUUUACAGAUCUCCAGAGAUUCUCCUCGGCCUGCCCUUCAGUGAAAAGGUGGAUAUGUGGUCAUUAGGUUGCGUGAUGGCAGAGCUUUACCUGGGCUGGCCUCUGUAUCCAGGUGAGUCCGAGUUUGAGCAGGUGCGCUACAUCUGCGAAACCCAAGGCCUGCCGAGCCCACACCUUCUCAACAUGGCCACCAAAACCAACCUGUUCUUCAAACUCGUCAAGAUGGUGCAUGGUAACCUGAUGUGGCAGCUGAGGCCUACUGGGCAGGGAACUGGACCUUAUGGAGGUCAUACAGAAGGAGAGGACUCUGGUACACCUGAACGGAGGAAGUAUAUCCUCAGAUCUUUGGACCAGCUGUACAGUGUGCAUGGUCCAGAACAUGACCAGGCGUUUGGAAGAGAAGACACAGCUGCCGAGCUUGCCGACCGCUACUGUAUGACAGAAAUCAUCAAACAAAUGCUGACCAUCGACUCCCGUCAUAGGAUAAACCCCAAUGCCGCUCUCCAACAUCCGUUUAUAACUCUAACUCACCUUCACAGCACAAAAACACAUUAUUAUGACCUUUCAUUCCAGGAGCUUCAGAAAGCUCUAAUUCCUAACAGGUCAUCUGAAGAUCACAGUGACCACAACUGCAACCCAACAGCAGAACCUCAAAAUCCACCUCCGUUCUACGAAGAUCAACACAUGAGGGGUUUUCCACCAGAAACUGAGCAAUCAAGAAGAAGCUAG